UUCGUGUCGGUGGCAAAUUUGUGUGCGCUCGUGAAAAAUUGUGCAAAAUAAUUAGAAAAUUAUAAAUUAAACAAAUAAAAGUGCUUAAAAAUGUAUGAAUUAAAAACCCUAUUGCCACAAUUUGAUAUUAAUGUACCCAAGUGUAUGUAUGAAAUGAAAAAUAUGAAUUUAUCUGCAAAUACCGUAGACAGCGUCUCGGGGGCUGCUGCCGCCAGAAAUAAUUUCAAUGGCUUUUUUAAUAUAAAAAAUGGUAAGACCACGUCUGCAACCACUGCCUCUGCUGUUAGCACGUGUUGUCCCUUAGAUUUGGAUAAACUGGGUUUGCAAAUACAACAAUUACUUAAGGUCUCUGGUGAUGAUGCCCAUAAUGUGGCGGUCAGACAAGAAAAGGUCAUGCAACAGUUGAAUGAUUUAAAAGCUCAACUGGCUGGUAUACGUUCCACUUUGGGUUUAUGCGCAAAAGGUCCACAACAUACAACAACUUCGUUUACAACAACAAAUAAUGGUGGUCUCAAAGAGGAACCUUUGCAUGAUGUGGUCAUAAAUGGUCAUCCCAAUUUUAUACCUUAUGCCUUGUUGGCUAUUAAAAAUGCCUGGAAAGACUUAUUUACCCUGGAUGUGAAAACUUUCACACACUCCACCAUGAACGAUAUUGGCAAAGAGGCUAAAGCCUUCGAAAGUGCUUUAAAAGCAGUUAAAGUUAAUCCAAAAUUACCCAAAAUCAAUGUCACUUUGAUAUGGAAAAAUUGUGAACACACCGAAAUGAUUAGCUCACCCACCAUGUAUGUGCCCAUCUAUGGUGAGGUAAAUAUCAUUCGCUAUUUGGGUCGUGUGGGUCCCACCGAAUAUCGCUACGAAGAUUCUCCUCUCUGCAAUGAAAUUGAUGCUGUGCUGGACAUUUGCUAUCAAUUGUUGCGUUGCACCACCCCCAAAUCUAAGGCUAAUAUGAUUAGAAUCCUCAAUAAUCGCCUGCAAAAGCGCCAAUACUUUGGUGGCGAUCAAAUGUCUAUUGCGGACAUUGGUGUACACAGUUCUCUCAAACGUAUGCCCUCGAUUAACGACAAAGAUCUUACACCGGCGCUUAGUGAGUGGCGUAAGAGAGCAGAAAAAUAUACUUUAAUUUAAAAAAAAACACUUAAAAAAAUAAAUGACAAGUCAAGAAUUCGAAACGAUUUUCCUAAACUAUUAAAGUUAA